AUGAGCGGCCGCUCCACUCCAUUGAGCAGCCAUGCAAGCCAACGAGCAACAAGCAAUCAUGCGAGCCAACGAGCAUCUCGCAACCUUUCCCAGAUCCGCAGAGUCCAGGUCAAUGGCAGCGUGUUACCAGCCGAACUCAUAGCAACGAUCCUGGACUACCUGCCCGUACCUGAUUUGCUACACUUCGCCCAAGUGUCUCGCAGGCUGCAGGAAAUGGUGUACGAUGAUUCGCGAUGGGUACAAAAGCUCAAGCAGAUGGGUCUCUGGAACGAGAACGAAGCUCGCCAGCGCUUCGAAGAGGCUAUGAAGCGAAAGGCGGAGGCACAGAGAGCAAGGGAAGUUGAGGAGGCGAGGCGAACUGGUGCCAAUCUACCCGGCAGCAUAAAUGGCACAGCUGGUGGAGGUCCAAGGAGACACGCUGGUAGUGUUACGAUUUUCGACGCGGGACUCGAAGAGGAUAGGUAUCGACAAUCACUCGAGAAGGCUCAGAGUCCGACGUUGACGCGCAAGCGAACGAUUGCGGACGGUUUUGACGACCUAACGAUCUCACUGAAUCCGCAACUAAAUGCGAGCACAUGGAAUCCAAACACUGCAUUGACCGUGUUCGCUACCUUUCGUUCCGUCCGCGGCCGCGCGAGGCAAGAGUUCAGCAAGAUAUACGGCGCGCUUGGGCCUUUAUAUUCGGAUCUUACACGAGUCAAGUCGCAUUCAGACGCAAUCAUAUUCCGUACCUACCGUGAUCCGGAGCAGCAAGCACAAAUCUUAUCCAACCUCAAGCGUUUCGCUCAGGGUGAUGUCGCUCAAGGGUGGCACCAGCGGGAGCAAAGGCUCGACAGCAUGAUUGCUGUUUUCGAAAAUGCGGUCCUUCGUGAGUUCGAGCAAGGCUAUGCGGCUGGUGACAUAGACGACAGAAUGCACCGCUAUGCGCACGUUCUGGUGACGAUGAACGGCGGCAUGGCCGGAGUCGACGCUUUCAUCUCAAAUCAUCCCAUCAUGGCACACAAUGUGCGAGCUGGGAAUCCGCUGGACUGUUUGGAGUCGGUAGCGCCGGGCCACGUCGAUCUGAAUGCGUCACAAACUUUCUUCGAGCGGCUUGCAGGAAUGAUGGUAGAGCAAGCAGCCAUCAUUGACCGGGUCUUCCCGCCGUCUGUGGACGUGCUUACACCUUUCCUGUCACGCUUGUGUGAAGACAUCGUUGCAGAUUACCUCACCGCUCUCUUCGAUGAAGCACAUGUUCAUGGCGUCGAAACAUACGUCAAAGCAGUUUCGGGCACGUUCGAGCAAGCUUUACGCUUCGUAGCCUCUCUGCAGCCUACCGAGGCCUCGCCCUCAGAUUUCAGAGACGCCGCGAAGACAACCGUGACACGUUGUUACGAAAAGCAUAUCGAUCUCUACCUUGCCGAAGAGCUCGCCGUCUUCCGGUCCAAGUCGGAGGCAGAUGUCAGACAGUGGGAGAGGGAGCAGUCAGAGCAGGAAGCAUCGAGCGACGCGUUCUUCAUGUCAAACAUCAACCGACAGGCAGCCAAGCGAGACUUCCUGUCGUCAUUCAGGAAGGUGAUCAUGAUGCCUGUAACCGUCCUGCCAGCGUUCCCGUUGUCGUCGCCUUUUGCGGCCGCCAAGCCAGCACAGAGCAUCGCCAAUCCAAAUGCGCCCGACCUUGACUCCAUAGAUACUGCUUAUUCGAGAUCACGAACGCCGACCGUUGCCGACUCGAACACGCCGAACCGCUCUUCAACGCCGGUGCCGGCUGGCGAGGCUCCCACUACCGAGUUGGCCGCAAAAGCAGCAAUAAUGAACUCCAGACUCGAGGGCAUCAAGAGCCUGUUCAGCAUUGAAGUCGCGCUCAACAUAACCCACUUCGCCAAAGCUUCGCUUGAACGAGCGGCGAACAUGGUGCGAAUGGGUGGCAAAUGGGGCGAGGAAGCUAGAGAGCAAUGUGAGACCAUCUUCGUAACUCUGCUCUACAUCCUGGGCGAUCGCCACAUCAAGACUGGUUUCGACAAGGCUGUUUCGCAUCUCGGUAGCUAUAACCCGCGGGAUGUCAGAGCCCUGAGAUCGAAGGUUGCGAACGGUGAUAGUGGUGAGGCGCAUGCGGUUGGCGUGGAACCUCUUGUUACGUUUCUGGAGCUGGUUAAUGUCGGGGAUCUUAUUCAGCAGAUGGUUGACGUCUUCUACGCUCAAGAGCUGGUAGCGACAAAGCUAAGUGAUCGCGACGACUUCCUCGAUCCUGCGGUCAAAGAGAAGAAGCGCUUCGAACAGAUGCUUGAUGAACGCGUCGCAGCAGGUUUGAAUGAGGGCAUUGACGUGCUUAUGGAUGAAGUUGAGUAUAUUUGCGCAAGCACCCAACAAGCCAUCGACUUCAAUCCUGGCACUGACAAGGCUGAGAAGAAUGGUCCUGGUGUCAUGGACAUCGGGCCCACGACGACGGCAAGACAAGUGGUUGAUAUGAUUAGCAGCCACACUAGCAUGCUGGUUGGCAACACGGACAAGAACAUGCUCGAUGUCUUCAUGCAAGAAGUCGGCUUGCGCCUUUUCGGAGCGUUAUGCAAGCACUUCAAGCGCCAGCGCAUCAGCGUUGACGGCGCGAUCAAGCUGAUCAGUGACAUCAACCACUACAGCGCCUUCGUUGCCACCCUACGGCAGAAACCGUUACUGCCGUACUAUCAUGCCCUGCGCGAGCUUGGCCAGAUAUAUCUGGUCCACAUCGACCCGCCGGCCGCAUACUUCAGCGCCAACGCGCAAGGCAAGCGCGCUAGUGUGUUGUCCAACAGAGGCUCCAGUACCGCCGUGCAAGCCAAAGAGUUGGCCACUAUCAUCGCGGACACGCAGCGGUAUCAUGGCAUCUUUCCGGCGGAAGAGGUCUAUGAGUUCGCCGAACGCAGAGCGGAUUGGUACCUUGUGAAGCGGGACGUCGAGCGCGCCAUGUAUGGAGUUGGAUGCAUUGUAGUGUAG